AUGGCCGCGUUCUCUGCAGAAUCGCUCUCACUUUGUGCCUUUGCUCCAGCUGUGCUCGAGCAGCCUAUGUAUUACCUCUCCCCUGGACAGGCGUCCGUCGUGGAUACUUCUGAGAUCCUGAAGGAAGCCGUUGAAGCUGCCGGCGGCCUUCAGGACCGUGCCGACGGCAAGCUCGGAUGCUACGUCCCUCACCGCAGGGUUGCUGCUGCAUUGGGCCUUUCGUCCAGUGGUAUCGACACGGCAGAGGUAGCAUUUGGGGCAUACCUAUGGUGUACGGAGUUCGAGAAUGUUCACUCCACCUGGGCCUUUGAGGAGCCAGGCUUAGAUUUCAAUGGCCUGCGAUUUAAAGGGCCAGAGCAGCUGUUUCAACUGCACAAGUUCGGUGACAGGAAUUCGGAGGCCUUCAAAGACAAGGCGCCCGCUUUUGCAGAGGCCACCCCGCAACAGGCUUUUCGCAUGGGCAGGGGUGCGACACUUCCGCCGGAUUGGGAAGGUAUGAAAGAGAGUGUCAUGCGCGACGUCCUUCGUGCAAAGUUUGAACACGAUGGCCUCCGUCAGCUUUUGAAAAGUACACAUCCCCACCCGUUGGUCUCGGUGAAGUCGGACGCCUACUGGGGAGCCGGCUUUGAUGGAAAGGGACGCAACAGACUGGGAGCGUUGUUGCAAGAGUUGCGCGACGAGCUCUUGCAUUGA